AUGGCAGCCAUGAGAACGGCCGUCGACCAGGACGUCCUCAGGUUCACGAAGGCCAUCAGCGCUUGCGGCAGGUCGUCCAGGUGGCAGGAAGCAUGCCAGCUUCUGGCGGACAUGGAGCGCGAGUCCGUGUGGGGGAACACGUUCACCUACAACGCAGCGAUGGCCGCAUGCGGGAAGGGGCGGCAGUGGCAACGAGCGCUGGCUCUCUUCGCAACCCUGGGUACCCUUACUGUCGACAAGGACCUUGUCUCCUACAACACAGCCAUCAACGCAUGCAAGGACGGGGAGAAUUGGGCCUAUGCCUUGCAGCUGCUCUCGGAAGUGUCUGAAAGCGGCUUGCAAGCGGACGUUAUCACUCUCAACGCUGCCGUCAGUGCUUGCGAGAAGUCGGGGCAGUGGCAGCGUGCGUUGGAACUUUUUGGUUCUCUGGAGGCCCGCAAUCUCGCUCCCCAGGCAGUCACCUGGGUUGGUGUCAUCGGCGCUUGCACUCGCGCUGCGCUGUGGAUGGAGGCUCUGGGCUGCUUGUGUCGGCACCUUGGGGAUGUGCCGAACACGCCUCCCAACGUGAUCGUGUACAGCGCGACCAUCAACGCCUGUGAGAAGGCCAGCCAGUGGCAGCAGGCACUGUCCCUGCUGAUGCAGCUGGAGCAGCAAAGCUUGGAGAAGAAUGUUGUGUGCCAGAACUCCGCGAUGAGCGCGUGUGUCAAGUGUGCCAUGUGGCAGCUGGCAGUGCAGCUUUUCGCGGAUCUGGAGGAUGAAGCGAGCGUGGUGUCCUACAACACGGCCAUCGCCGCUUAUGAUCGCGGAGGCAACUGGCAGAUGGCCCUAGCUGUCCUAGCCGAGCUCUUGGCCGGCCCAAGACGGCCCGACCUCGUGUCCUUCAACACCGCGAUCAAUGCUUGCAAGGACGUGGGCUUCGAUCUUCAAAGCAAACACGUCUCCUUUCCCUUGUCCGGUGAAGCAUGA